AUGGCGUCAACGACAGGACUCCUUAUUUCUUCAUCGACGAGGUUAGCGGCAUCGUCGCUGAAGCCGGCCUAUACAAUACCAGCGAACAAUUCAUCUGUAAUUCUUGGUGAGAUUUAUUUCUUAAAAAUUUGUUCACCACAUUUUGCUACUGUUGGCGCUGCUGCUUCGGUUGGGUCUUGGAUUGCUACUAUUGGCGCUGCUGUUUCGACGUUGCUACCACCAGGUCGCUACUGUCGGGGCUGUGGUGCUGCUGCUUCGACGUUGCUACUACCAGGUCGCUACUGUUGGGGCUGUGCUACUUCGAUGUCAGUUCCGCCAAGUUCAAUUGUUGGUUAG